AUGGUUACUGCUAAGGUCAACGUGCUGGACAGUCAUAGACAACCUGUCAGCUGCCGAGUACUCUUGGACACCGGAUCGACCACCAAUAUCAUAAGAGAGAGUUUGGCGGUGGCCCUCAAUCUACCCCUCAAGCCCUUUGCUGUCCCAAUCGGAGCUCUAAACGACACGAAUACAACAACAAGGUAUUUAGUCACUGCUACAAUACGGUCUCGAGUCGCUGGGUAUGAGAGGACACUCAAUUUCCUGACAGUGCCUAACAUCACCCACGCCAUACCCGAUCAACCUCUCGAUCGCAAUUCAAUAAGGAUUCCAGCCAAUGUGAAGCUUGCGGAUCCGGAAUUCCACCGUCCCGCAUCUGUGGACAUGCUCCUCGGGUCGGGUCCAACCCUUUCACUCCUCUGCCAAGGCAAGGAGAAACUCACGCCAGCAGAUCAACCAGAACUCUAUCUGCAACAGACUCUGCUUGGCUGGGUAAUCGGAGGUAGCGCGCCUACAGUACAGUCAAUACGCCAGCGUGCGUGCAAUGUACUCAGCACCUCCCAAAUUGAUCUCGAUAUCUCCAAUACCGAAACAGAAGCCGAGCGACACUUCCUGGAGAACGUCACACGGGACGGUUGCGGCAGAUACAUCGUUGCCUUGCCGUUCAACGGAAAGGAAUCGCUUAUUGGGGAGUCACGAUCCCGAGCUUUUCGUCGACUCAAAUCCCUGGAGAAACGACUGAAUGGUAAUAUUGAAUUCAACACCCAAUACCGUGCAGUUCUCCAAGAAUACUUGGAUCUUGGUCAUCUCACAGAAGUCACUGAGGCUGACCUGUCUCAUCCUGGGUAUUACCUGCCCCAUCACGCUGUAAUCAAGGAGAGCAGCUUAACAACCAAGGUACGUGUUGUCUUCGACGGAUCAGCGGCUACCAGCACUGGAAUAUCCCUCAAUGAAACUCUACACGUCGGACCCACGAUUCAAGAUAAUAUAUUCUCUCUCCUUGUUCGAUUCCGUCUCCAUCCAUACGUGCUUACUGGGGACAUCGAAAAGAUGUACAGGCAAGUUCUCGUUCGUCCCGAAGAUCGAAUCUAUCAACGCAUCUUGUGGCGUGACGGAAGAGAACCAGUAAGGACAUUCCAACUUAAUACAGUGACGUUUGGACUCUCCGCAGCACCCUACCUUGCGAUUCGAUGCCUCCAUCAACUAGCGAACGAUGAAGGCCAUCGGUAUCCAGUAGCAGCUAAAGUACUUCAGCGUGACAUGUACGUCGACGACCUCCUUACUGGUACCCAGACACGAGAAGAAGCUCUUCACCUACGUGAAGAAUUGGAUAAACUGGUGAAACUCGGCGGAUUUAAUCUAAGGAAAUGGGCUUCCAAUGAUCCAUCGAUUUUGGGUGAGCUAGCACCAAACAAUGUCAAUCAUCAUCUACAAAUUGGGGACUCCACCAUCUUGAAAACAUUGGGCAUCUUCUGGAAUUCAUCCGAGGACACCAUCACCUACGAGGCCAAAUUAUCAAGACAUCAGAUAAUCACCAAACGCAUUAUCCUUUCUGAGACUGCCAAAAUCUUUGAUCCUCUUGGCCUCUUGUCACCAGUAGUCAUCGUGGCAAAGAUGAUUAUGCAGAAACUCUGGACAUUGAAGAUAAGCUGGGAUGCACCUCUACCGCCCAAGAUUCAAGAAGAAUGGCUCCAGUUUUACGGGCAACUUCACCAUAUCAAGCGAGUCACUUUUCCACGGUUUGCACUUCAAGAGAAACCAAGAGGAAUCGAACUCCAUGGAUUCAGCGAUGCCAGUCAAGGUGCCUACGGAGCUUGUGUCUACCUUCGAUCUGUUGGAAGCAAUGGAGAGGUCAACACUACCCUACUGUGUGCUAAGUCUCGUGUUGCACCCCUCAAGCAGAUCACUAUUCCCAAACUUGAACUCUGCGGAGCCCAACUACUGAUCAAGCUCAUCCAAAGCAUCAAGAAGGCAAUCACCAUCCAGAUCGACCGCAUUGUCUACUGGACUGACUCAACCAUCAUUCUCCACUGGAUCCAUACUCCUGCACAUCAAUUGCAAACCUUCGUCUCUAACCGAAUAGCAGACAUUCAGUCCAAAUCUAGACCAGACGAGUGGCGGCAUGUGAGGACUCACGACAACCCAGCUGACGUUGUUUCGCGCGGACAAUCCAUCAAGGACUUCAUCACAUCCACCAUCUGGUUCGAAGGCCCUUCAUGGCUCCGAGCACAGGAGAAUACCUGGCCAGCUAUCGAUCUUCAGUUCUCCUCCUAUCCCUCUGAAAUCAAAGGAAGAUACUGUCACGUGGCAUACAGUAAACGCGAAACACAUCCACUGGAGUGGUACUCUUCAUUCAAAAAAUUGAAACGAAUAAUCGCAUUCUGUCUACGUUUCAGAUCCCGUAAACAAGGGCCACUAACGGCAGAAGAGCUGAUCGCAGCGCAAAACGCCGUCAUUCAUUGGUUGCAAACUGAGACACUCAGUCCUCUCAAACGUGCUCUCAAUGACACCAAAUCCAAACAAGCCAAAAAUCCAGAGUUGGCCAAAGUGUCCAAAUUAGCACCAUUCCUAGACAAAGACGGACUCAUCAGAGUAGGAGGCAGGCUUCGGAACGCGAUGAUCCCAUAUUCCCAACGGCACCCGAUCAUCAUACCGAAGUCUCAUCCAAUCACCAAGCUGAUCAUUUGGGAGGCUCACAUUUCUCAGUUGCAUGCUGGCCCUCAAGCAACCCUUUAUCACAUCAGGCAGCAGUAUUGGCCACUGGAUGGUCGUAACUCCGUACGUCAUAUCAUCCAUAAAUGCAUACGAUGCACGAGAUUGAGCCCUCCAUCAGUCGAGUACAUCAUGGGGAAUUUACCAGCGGCCAGAGUUACCGAGUCACGACCUUUCUCGAAUGUAGGUAUUGACUACUGCGGUCCUUUCUUUAUUAAGGAGAAGAAAUUCCGCAACCGCGGUCGAGUCAAGGUUUACGUCGCCGUCUUCACGUGCUUAGCAGUAAAGGCCGUACAUCUAGAAGUGGUGAGUGAUCUCACAACUGAGGCGUUCCUUGCAGCCCUACGGAGAUUCAUUGCUAGACGAGGAUGCUGCCGAAAUAUCUACUCAGAUAACGGCACCAACUUCGUCGGGGCCAGCAAUGAGUUAAAGGAAAUCUAUGAGCUCCUCAAGUCCGUUGACUUGCAACAGCAAGCCCAGUCAUUGCUGACAAACAAACGGAUUCAGUGGCACUUCAUUCCUCCUCAAUCACCUCACUUCGGCGGACUAUGGGAAGCAGCGGUGAAGUCGUUCAAACACCACCUCUAUCGGAUCAUCACGAAUGAACUUCUCACCAUCGAAGAAUUCAACACUUUGGUUAUUGAGAUCGAGGCUGUAUUGAAUUCUCGACCGUUGACACCCAUGUCUUCCGAUCCUAAUGAUCUGCUGGUUCUCACUCCUGGCCAUUUCUUGAUCGGGGAGUCGUUAACCUGUCCACGCGAAUACGACUUUACUGAUGCCUCGAGCAACCGAUUGUCGUCCUGGCAACACAUCCAGAAGCUAAAACAACAUUUCUGGGCUCGUUGGCAUCGAGAAUACAUCAGUGGACUCAACUCGCGAUCUAAGUGGAGCCAGGGGGAGCAUCAUAUCCAGGAAGGUACAGUGGUGCUUUUGAAGGAAGACAACUUACCGGCACUUCAGUGGGCUUUGGGGCGCGUCAUCAAGGUACGACCUGGAGCUGAUGGUAUCAUUCGUGCCGUCACUGUGAAGACUGCCAAAGGAACCUUCGAUCGUAACGUCAAAAAACUCGCCCCUUUACCAAUCACUGACAGCGAUCAAAAUCAAUAA